CACUCAAAAAAAGCAGCUAUUUGUAGAAAUCCGCACGGAUGUUUAUUGUUCUCUUGUUGCCUUUUACUUUGCUUUCUUUAGACAUCUCUUUUCGGUGAUGGCGCACAACAAUACUCAGCCAGACUCCAAAGCCGAGUGGCAGCAAUCUGGAGUUUUUAGCGUGCGCAUGCAUGCGGUUACUAACGAUAUCCUCGCUAAGAGGUUUAUCUAGCUAGCUAUUUGGCUGACGGUUGUUCUCUUAUCCAUAGUAAGAUUAGAUCGACGGCUACAAACACAUCGUUUGUCAACAGCUUCAAACCCUUGCUGGUGGUUCCAACUAGUUAGCACAAGUGUUUAUUUGGAGAAUCGCAGAUUACAACUAUUUCCUGCAUUUGUUGGUCAACGGUUUUAACCUUUUAAACAUCCAUUGGUUGCUGCCUAGUGUGGCAAAUUGUGUUAUCAUGAUUUGAUAGUAAUCCGCUGUGUUUAAUUCUUUUAACGACACUCCUAAAGAUGAUUAACUGCCAUUCGCUGUAAGUUUGUUUCCCCUCCUUGACCAGUCAGUUGUGCUGAAGAAACCUGCCUUUGUCAUGAUUAUUUUUAGGGAUGAGAUUAUUCCUGAUCAAUAAGGAAUUCCUGCUCUUCUGACAUCCACUAUUCACAAACUACUAAAAUUGGCCCCCAAACCUAAACCAUUAUCUUACCAGUAAUGCAUAAGGCUCCAUUGAGUUCCCACAGCAUCGGCCAUCCAAUCAGCAAGUGUGACCAGAGGAUCUACAGUAACUCAACAUGUUCUGGUUCUGUGAAUAUCGAAAGUAGUCUGACCCUGUGUGUCUUCAGAAACCUCAUGGAAAUACGGAAUCAGUCCCAUGAAUGCCCUUUAAAAGUUGCUAAAUAUCCAGAAAAUCGCAACCGGAACCGAUACAGAGAUGUCAGUCCAUUUGAUCACAGCAGGGUUAAACUGGAGAACACAGAGAACGACUACAUCAACGCCAGCCUGGUGGUCAUGGAGGAGGCCCAGAGGAGCUACAUUUUAACUCAGGGUCCUCUGAGGAACACCUGUGGUCACUUCUGGUUGAUGAUCUGGGAACAGAAUACCAAGGCUGUCAUCAUGCUGAACAGAGUCAUAGAGAAGGGAUCAGAAAAGUGUGCUCAGUAUUGGCCAACGCAGGACGAGCAUGAGAUGCCGUUCAGAGAUACACAUUUCCUGAUAACGCUGAUUUCAGAAGACGUCAAGUCUUACUACACAACCAGAGUGCUGGAGCUGCAAAAUGACAAGACGGGGGAGAAGAGAGAGAUCUAUCACUUUCACUACACCACCUGGCCUGACUUUGGUGUCCCAGAAUCGCCGGCGUCCUUCCUCAACUUCCUGUUCAAGGUGCGGGAGUCUGGCUCGUUGGGGGCGGACCACGGACCGGCGGUAGUGCACUGCAGCGCUGGAAUUGGCCGCUCAGGGACCCUCUCAUUGGUUGACACCUGUCUGGUCCUGAUGGACAAGAGGAAAGACCCAUCGUCUGUGGACAUCAAGGCUGUGCUGCUGGACAUGAGGAAGUACCGUAUGGGUCUCAUCCAGACUCCUGACCAGCUACGUUUCUCCUACAGGGCUGUCCUGGAGGGAGCCAAGUACAUCAUGGGGGACUGCUCUGUACAGAAAAUGUGGCGUGAGCUAUCUAAAGAGGACCAGGACCCAGUGUCUGAUUCUGAAUCCCUUCUUCCUACCCAGCCACCCUCCAAGUGUCCCCUGGAGAAAUACAAUGGCAGCCGGGUGUCCCGGGGGGAAGACGGGGGUGAAGGAGAGUUGGGGGAGAGAACGACGGGGACAGAGUCACCAAAUAAGGAACAGGAUGUGGACGAGAGCACAGCUAAUGCUCGCAAGAGACCGCGAGAUGAGAGAGUGUCUAACUGGACCCCCAAGAUUACAGACCCCAAGCAGACGAAGCCCAGCAUAACAGACUCUGAAAAGAAGAGGAAAAGGCCGAGAACCAGUGACCGCUAACUAACUCCACCGUGGCUCCAGCUUCCUCCUGAUCUGGCUGCUGAGAUGACGUUGACAGGAAUCCCACCCCCCUCCACCUCAUACCCCCCCUCACUCCCUCUCCUUCCCCCCCUCCCUCUCCAUCUCCACCCUCUAUAUCCCCCUCCUUCUCCCUCUAUAGCUCCCCCCUCCCUCCCUCUAUAGCUCCCCCCU